AUGGUCGUCCUUCACAUUACCAGCGCGGCGGUAUUAUGUGCUGUUGUUGCUGCUGCCGCCACUGCCAUCUCGUUUGACAUUCCACCGCCCAACUCCUCCUCCAUCCCGACGCGCUUAUGGGCUUCAUCGGCCGGGGGUUCCAAUGUCUACGCCGAUGGAUAUCCGAUUGGCAACGGUCGCCUUGGCGCCAUUUUCGCUGGCGGGGUCACCUCAGACACAAUUACAGUCAACGAAGAUUCUCUUUGGUCGGGUUCUCUGCUUGAUCGAGUCAACCCCGACGCCGUCGAGUCUAUCAAGUCCAUGCAGUCGAUGGUGCGCGAGAAUUACAUCGAACAAGCACAGAUACUAGGCUCCUUCGGUUAUGUGGGAACUCCUGUUUCGGUCAGGCAAUACGAACCCCUGGGUACUAUGACUUUGGCGCAGAACAUCACAGGAUCCCAGACUAAUUACGAGCGCUGGCUGGAUCUUGCCGAUGCCACGGCCGGCGUCUACUUCAUCAGUAAAGGGAUCACUUACCAGCGCGAGUACCUUGCGAGCAACCCGGCUGGGGUCAUCGCCAUCCGUCUCACGGCCAGUGAGCCGGGAAAUGUGGAUUUCAGCAUCCACCUGGACCGCGGUGACGGUCUGAACCGCUGGCAAGAAUAUAGUAAACCAGAAAAUGGCAACUCCAUUGUGAUAGGAGGUAGGACCGGGGACCGUGACCCCCUCACCUGGGCGGCCGGGGCAACAGUUGUGGCCUCUGGUGGACACGUGUCUACCGUCGGCGACUAUGUAAGGUGUCAAGGGGCGGAUGAGGCUUACAUCUAUUUUCAAGCCUGGACAUCCUACCGCAAGAAAGACCCACAAGGGGCUGUGUUGUCUGAUUUGGCUUCUGUGGCAAAGCAUCAAUACAGCGACAUCAGGUCAGACCAUGUCAAAGACUACCAGAAAUAUGCAGACCAGCUCGAUUUGAAUCUGGGGGAGUCCACUCCUACCCAGCUGUCCAAGACCACUGCUGAAAGAAUGAGCUCCAUCUCCCCCUCACACUUUGACCCCGAGCUGGCAGUGCUCUAUUUCCAGUACGGUCGAUACCUGCUGAUUGCGAGCUCCCGAAAGAAUACCCUGGCCGCGAACCUACAGGGUAUAUGGAAUUCCGACUUUUCACCCGACUGGGGCUCGAAGUAUACGACCAAUAUCAACGUGGAGAUGAACUACUGGCCAAGCUUCACCACAGGCCUCCUGGAUAUGACGGGUCCCUUGUAUGACCUGAUAAAGGCAAUGGCUAAGGACGGUGCUGUUGUCGCCAGGCGCAUGUAUAACUGCUCGGGGACAGUUACCCACCACAACACUGAUAUGUGGGGUGAUUCGGCUCCCCAGGACAACUAUUUGUCCUCCACAUUUUGGCCCAUGGGUGCAGCUUGGAUGGCUACACAUAUCAUAGAGCACUACAGGUUUAGCGGGGACGAGAAAGCCCUCAGGGAAAUGUACCCCAUCAUCCGGGCCAACGCCGAGUUUGCGCUCGACUUCCUUAGUGAGUAUAAGGAAUGGAUGGUGACUAACCCUUCGCUUUCGCCUGAGAACACCUACAUUGCCCCAGGGACUUCCGACCAGGUUGUCUCAAUCACUGCCGGCCCGACUAUUGAUAACGAACUUCUCUGGGAAAUCUUUGGCUUCAUUAAGGAGGUAAACGAGAAGCAUAAGCUGGAUGAAGAGGACUUUGUGCGCCAGGUGGAAACCGUGAGAGCCAAGCUACCACCCAUGAGAACUAACCAGUAUGGAGGUCUUGCUGAAUGGAUUGAGAACUUCGAAGAGGCUGAUCCAGGUAUUGGACAUUACUCUAACCUGUGGCCGCUAUACCCCGGAUCGCAUGUUACGGCUUCCAAUAAGACGAUCUUUGACGCUUCCAAGAUUAGUAUAAACCACCGUCUCACGAAUGGCGGCGGCACUUGUGGAUGGUCCAGGGCAUGGACGAUAGCUCUCGCGGCUCGCACAUUCCAGGCGGACAUCGUUCGUGAGAGGUUUCCGACACAGCUCAGCGAUUGCACCUGGAAUACGACUCUGCUGAAUCAGGGUGGCCCCGCGCCAUUCCAGAUUGAUGGUAACUUUGGUACGCCAGCGGGUAUUGUUGAGACGCUGCUCCAGAGCCAUGAGUGGGUGUCAAAAUCGCACCACGGCAAGCUGACCGCCGCCUACACCGGCGACGCCAACAAGACCACUCUGCUUCGGCUGCUACCCUUGAAGCCAACAGACUGGACCGGGACUGGAGGCGGUAGCGGGUUCGUCAAGGGUCUCCGAGCACGCGGUGGGUUCAUCGUGGACAUCACCUGGUCCGGCAACGGCAUUUUUACCGGAGCGAAUAUUACGUCCACUCUAGGUGGUGAUGCCUACCUGACUCUUGGAAGCUGCAUCAUCGGUGGUGCUCGCUGCGCCAACUCCACGGCUAUUGUCGUUAACCGUGGGGAGUCGAGCAAUGAAAUGGGCGACUUUGUCCAUUUGAAGACUGAGAAGGGGGCCUCGUACCGCGUUAAGCCGAGGCAAUAA